AGACGUCUCACAACUGACACCUUAUAUCUCCCUUAUCUGAGCUUUCUUUGUCUUCUUUUUACUACUUCGAUCUGUCCAAUUUGCUCGCAACUGAAAGAAAAUGAGCUCCGAAAUUAGUGCAGCAAAUGGAAAUGGGAACUGCUUGGGAUGGGCCGCAAGAGAUGCUUCCGGAGUGUUAUCGCCUUAUAAAUUUAAUCGAAGGAAUGUUCAAGCCGACGAUGUUUCCAUAAAGAUCACACAUUGUGGAGUUUGCUAUGCUGAGGUCGUUUGGCCAAGGAACAAACAUGGAGAUGCAACCUAUCCUAUGGUGCCUGGACAUGAGAUUGUUGGCAUUGUGCAAGAGGUUGGUCCAAAUGUUCAUCGCUUCAAAGUUGGAGACCAUGUUGGGGUUGGAACUUAUACCAACUCAUGUAGAGAUUGCGAGUAUUGUAACGAUGGCCAAGAAGUUUACUGUGAUAAGGGAGCAGUAUUUACUUAUAACCGUUUUGAUUACAAUGGCACCAUCACCCAUGGAGGGUUCUCCACUUUCACUGUUGUCCACGAAAGGUACUGCUUCAAAAUACCAGAGGACGACUAUCCAUUGGCUUCAGCAGCCCCACUGCUUUGUGCUGGCAUUACUGUUUACGCUCCCAUGAUGGACCAUAAGAUGAACCAACCUGGGAAAUCCCUAGGCGUGAUCGGCCUUGGUGGUCUUGGUCACAUGGCUGUGAAAUUCGGCAAGGCUUUGGGACUCCAGGUAACUGUUUUCAGCACAAGCAUGUCAAAGAAAGACGAAGCUCUGACUCUGCUUGGAGCAGACAAUUUCGUCAUAUCAUCCAACCGAGACCAAAUGAAGGCACUAGCUAAAUCACUUGACUUUAUCAUUGACACAGCAUCUGGUGAUCACCCAUUCGACGAGUACAUGUCACUACUGAAGACUGCUGGUGUUCUAGUCCUCGUGGGUGCCCCAAGUGAAAUCAAAUUGAGCCCUAUAAGCCUUAUUAUGGGUAAGAGAUCAAUUACCGGUAGCGCAACAGGUGGUACAAAACAGAUUCAAGAAAUGAUAAACUUUUGUGCCGCUCACAAGAUAUACCCAAACAUAGAAGUUGUUCCAAUUCAGUAUGUGAAUGAAGCUAUUGAGAGGCUCAUAAACAAGGAUGUCAAGUAUCGCUUUGUGGUAGAUAUUGAAAACUCCCUGAAAUGAAGACGGUAACUGGACAAGUUAUUGCAAUAACUUAUGGGCGUAAAAAUAUCAGAUCGAUCUUUAAACUUGAUGUAAUAGGGAUUUAGUGAUCUUUCAUUUUGAUACGAAUCAGGAAGUGGGUGUCCUACUCAUAUGAGUUAUAUAGAACUUUUAAGGACUGAAUGUUUCUGAUUUGAAUAAGGAAGUGGCUGCCUCUGCUAUAACUUUGAAAGGAUUAAAUCAAAAUAAAAUAUUUGA